ACUUUCCCGAGCCCCGACCGGCGGCGCAGAGCUCCCCGGCAGCUUCGGGGCCCACCGCAGACCGCGGGCUGCAAGCGCGCCUGUGCCCUGUAUCCCAGCCCCGCGCCCCUGGCGCGUUCCGGAGAGAAAGCAACGAUGCCCGGGUCUGGGGACCGAGGCGCAGCCUGGGCGAGAUGGCUGGGCACUGGGCUUUUGGGUCUCUUCCUGCUCCCGGUGUCCUUGUCGCUGGAGGUGUCUGUGGGAAAGGCCACCACCAUCUACGCCGUCAACGGCACGGAGAUCCUGCUGCCCUGCACCUUCUCGAGCUGCUUUGGCUUCUAUGACCUCCACUUCUGGUGGACCUACAACAACAGCGACACAUCCAGGACUAUUCUAGACGGGAUUGUGAAGAAUGAGAAGUCUGACCCCAAGGUGAAGUUCAAAGAUGAUGAGCGCAUCUCUCUGGAGGGCUCCAUCAAGGAGAAGGUGAACAACAUUUCCAUUUUGCUGAGGAACGUGGAUUUCAGCGACACAGGCAAAUACACCUGUUUCGUGAAGAACCCCAAGGAGAAUCAUGCAGGUCACAACGCCACCAUCUUCCUCCAAGUCGUUGAUAAACUGGAAGAAGUGGACAACACAGUGACACUCAUCAUCCUGGCUGUCGUGGGCGGGGUCAUUGGGCUCCUCAUCUUCAUCAUGCUGGUCAAGAAGUUCAUCGCUUUCGUCCUCAAGAAGACUCAGGAGAAGAAGAAGGAGUGCCUUGUGAGUUCCUCAGGGAACGACAAUACAGAGAAUGGGUUGCCUGGCUCCAAGGCAGAAGAGAAACCGCCAACAAAGGUGUGAGCCCCCGCUGGGGGCCGAGCAGCCGCCGGGAGCUUCACUUUCUGAGGAUGAAACUGAUGCUUGAGCCAUGUCCGUGAACCCACGUGCCUGAGACAUCCGCUGCUUGGCUCAACUGUAGUCUUUCCGGGCGGGGAGCAACUGGGGUCCUGCCCAGCCUGCCCCACUCCCUCCCCAGCCGGGGCUCCCCAGGGAUGAGGGCUGGCCAGGGGAGGGGGCCUGUGGAAGGUUCAGGAGAGGCAAGGAGGGGCCGGGUGGUGUGGAGGGCCGGUCCCCCGACACCUGGUGGAAGGGUCUUCUUCGGUCUCCCCACCAUGGAUGAGCAAUGCCUUGGUUUUCCUCCAGCUUUCUCUUCAAGAGAGACUUGGGGGACCCGUGAGGGCUCCCCCAAUAGCUGGACACUCUGUGUAUAGAACUGGCCCUUUUGAUGGUGGGCAUGGCCGAGAGGACCCUGCACAGGAUCCGGGGCUGGGAGGCUGCUGUGGGGGGCCUACAGUGAGAGGCUUUGAUUGACACCUGACCCCCCCACAUCCCUCUCAUGAGGAGCUUCCCUUUCUCCCCCACCGCAGGGUGCCUGCCUCGGUCCCACAUCCCUUGUACCCACCCCUGCUGCUCCGUCUCUGAAUCCCCCCAACUAGAGCUGGCCCGGUGAUUUUGGGAGGUCCCCGCCCACCUACCCUGCUCCUCCUAACCCUGGGCUCCUGAGGGGCUCAUCAAGGGCCUUCCUGGAGCAGGGGGGCGCUACCCACGCCUUUCCUAGUUUUUCCUUGGGGAAUCAGGACUGCAGCGGUGGAUGAGCCAGUGUCCUGGGCCUCUUGGCCACUGGAAUGCCGACCCUACCCCUGUCAAUGUUGACCGCCCCCUUUCCUCGGCAUGGCAGGACCAUCGCCGCUCCUGGGAACCCCCGAGCCUGGCUCUGCCCCACUCCUCUCUCCCUGAAGCAGCAGGUGGCAUCAUCUUGCUUGAGGGGUUGCACCCUCCAGGCCUUCCUGCCCAUUGGCUUGCUCAUCCCGUGCCCCUCCAUCACGCCUUCUCCCCGGCCCAGGCUGUUCAUCUCCGACCCUGGGUCAAGGCUGCCUUCACCUCAGGGAUCCUCUUGUUUCGGAUGAGAGGGCCCCUGGGUUUUCUGGCUGCUUCCUGCUCAGCUCCCACCGCCCCCCCGUCCCGCCCUGGGGUUGGGGAGGAGCAGGGAGAGAGUGCCCACUUUGCUUUUUUGAGCACUGGUUUGCACACCCCUUGUGUGUGGGGCUAGACUGUGCCUUAGCUCCUGCGUCCCAGCUCAGGCCCUCCCACCCUCCCUCCCCUCUCCAGCCCGUACAUAACAGCCAACUGGUGUGGCACUGGUGAGGGCUCCCCAGCCGUCCCACCCAGGGUCAUGAAGGGGACCAGGGAGCUGGAGUAACGUCACCAGUGGCCCCUUGGCUAGUGACUGAAUCUUGGAGAUACCUGCCAAGGGCUCCAGUGGGGGUCCCUGACAGGGGAGGUUGUGGUGUUGGAAGGGGGACCUCCUGAUGGAAGUCCCAUUGUGUUGUCCCUGUGGGGUAGAGGUGGUGAAGUGAGGGAUGGCGUGGAGAUGUGGUAAUGGAGGUCUCUACCAUCUGCUCCCACUCUCUCACUCAUAGAAUUUCCGAGACUCUGUCCUCUGGGACCCUGGGACUGAUGGAAGCGGAGUAGCCCCCUUUUCUGGCGGGUAUGGGGACUGCCUCAGGAAUCUCCCUGCCAAAAAGUAGCAGCAAGCUGCCCCAAGGGUGGGGGUGGGGGACACUGAGGAACAGCAGCACCCGCAGAUGCCCAUGGUUGGCCCUUGCCCAACCUGAUGGACUUGCGGGGUCCCACUCUGAUCUGCCUUUGUCCUUCCUGGCCUUCUCCACCCAGAACCCAUCCUGGGUUCGGGCUCAGAUUUUCCUGGCUUUGGGAGCAGACAGACCAGGGCCACCAGCCAUCUGGAAAACUUGUAGCUGCCUUCAUGCACAACUGCUUUCUCCUCCCUUCCCAGCUUCACAAUUUGAAUGGGCAGAGUGUCUUAGGCUCCUCUUACUUGCUUGAGAGGAGGCCCAGGUGUAGAGAGUGAGGGCGAGGACGAGCAUCAUCCUCUCCACUCCUGGGUCUACUGCUGACUAAUGGGCAGGUCGUGCAUCUUCUCUGGGCUCAGCUUUUCCCAUCUAUAAAAUGGGUGUAAUAAUACUUACCUACCUCACAGGGCUGUUGUGAGGCUUGGCAAGUUUUUGUUUAAAAAAUCUUUUUGGCUUGGAAAGGGAUCUAGGAGGCCAGGUAUUAUAAUUGGAGAGAUUGUUCCAAGUCUGUCCUGUCUUCAUAUUUGUGUCCCAUCCCUGUAACACGCACAAACUCACUCACUCUCUCUCUCUCUUCCCACUCCGCCCCCUUUGUCAUGUUAGAAACCUUGGCUCUGAUGCUUCAAGCUUCUUGUCCAUGGCUUUUGUUUGGUGGUUUUCAAUGGAGAUGCUUGGGACUGUAGGAGAGACACUUUUGGUUGCCCCAAUGCUUGGGAGCACGACUGGCGUUUAGAGAGCGGGGACUAAGAAUGCUAAACUUAGUCCCCACAGCAAAGAAUGUCCAGCCUCAAUGCCAGGAUUGUGUCCUUGGAGAAACACUGGGAUGGAUUUGCAAUAGAACGUGUAUAGCCAAGGCCUUCUUGACCCAAGCAGACCCUCUGUGCAUGCAAAUCUCCACGGGCGAUCUCCAGAGGCUGGUAAGGGUGCUUCCAGGGCUUGCAUGCUAGAGAGAGCCAUUCACAAAGUUGAUCUGGGGAGCCCUGGCUGCAUGCAGCUGUGCUGACAGUAAAGUCAGUGAGACCACAGACAAAGUCUUUCCUAGCUCCCCUCCUUGACCUCAAAGUAGGACCUCAGCAUUCCAGGCCUUGGGUUUCUCUCCAUGUUCAAAUUGAGCAGGUGGCACCUAUGAUGCUAGAGAGGUCUGGGAGAGGGGCCAAUGGAGCUCUGACUUUUCACAUCUGGCUGGCUGACUGGAGCUGGAGGUGAAGCGAGGGGUGUGAAAGCACGCUCCUGAGAUGGUGCCAGGUGAGAGUGUGCACGCGUGCAGUGGGCGUGGGGUGUGUGUGUGGAAAUGCACAACUGUGGAGUGAGUGGGCUGUGCAUGGAAGGGCAGAUGUAUGGAGGUGUGUGUAAAGGCUGAGUGUGUCUGCGAUGGGGGAGAUUCUGCACAUUUCAGGAGCCAUCUCUCUUGGCCUGAGCUCCACCUGCUGGGGCGCCUGGAGGCUGAGAAAGGAGAAGACACAGAGGGGAAGACCAGCCAGGCUUCUGGGCUCCAUAACUCCAUGACUCCAUCUCACUGUCACUGACAGCUGCCAUUGGAGUGGCGGGGGGAGGGAGGCUGAGGAGGAGGGACUUCUGACAAACAUCCUAGAGCUUGCUUCACUUUAUUCUGUCCCAGGUUGGAGUCUCUGCCCUGCCACCUCCCACCUGAUAGGCAGUGCUUUUGACUACCUUCUGCAUGGUUUCUUCCUCUGGCUUGGAUUACGACAAUACCCAUAGUCAAUUUUCCUGUAUAACUAUAGAUCAAAACGAGGCAGCAAUGGGCCUGCAGAGGCCUCGGGUGGGCGGGUACCUCUGGGAGGCACAGAUGGGCACGGACCCAGCACUGACUUGUGUUCAAGCACAGAAUGGAGGUGAUCAGAUUGUCUUGCCUUUACAACAUGUUUUGCAUUAUAGAAUUUUAUUUAGCUUUGCCUUGGAUGAAGUAAAAAU